AUGCCACUUUUGCUGGGGAGUGCUCUGGCAUAUUCGUCUGUACAAACCUUAUCCCUAUCUGUUCUUCUUCUUACAUGCGUGUCAGCAUUGUGUGUUCAUGCUGCAGCUAAUCUUUUCAAUACCUAUUAUGAUUACAUUCAUGGUGUGGACUCCCCCACGACCAAUAAUAAAAAGGAGCACACUAUCGAUGAUCGGACGUUAAUCGAAGGUUUGCUUAAACCAAAUGAAGUGGUUCGACUAGGACUAAUAUUAUACGCGAUUGGAACGAUUGCUUUUCUAUUCUUAUCACAUAUUUCACCAGCAAAAGAACCGUAUCUAGCUUUGAUCUAUUUCGGUGCCCUUCCACUCUCGUUUCUAUAUACAGGCGGCAUUGGUUUUAAAUAUAUUGCACUUGGCGACGUUCUCAUUCUAUUAACAUUUGGUCCUAUCACAAUUGUUUAUUCAUUUAUGGCUCAAGCUGGUUACUAUAGCAUCUAUCCUGUUUUUUAUGCUCUACCGUUAACAUUGAACACCGAAGCUAUUCUUCAUAGCAACAACACACGUGAUAUGGAACAUGACAGAUCUGUUGGUAUCUUGACACUAUCGAUAUUACUUGGAAAACGAUUCUCGUAUUAUCUUUAUUGUUUACUCAUGUAUUUACCUUAUGUAAUUGUCAGUUGCAUGAUGAUCAAAAUCUCCUGGCUCUGCUGUUUACCGUUGUUAACAGUGGUUCAUGCUCAUCGAUUAUGCGAGGAAUUUCAACAUGAUCGGUUGAUCAAAUUACCGAAUCGAACAGCGAUACUGAAUUUUCAAUUUGGUUUUCUCUACAUUCUCUCAAUCAUCCUAACGAAUAUCACCCAAAAUCGCCAACAGUUUGUUUUCUAA